AUCCCACAACCGACAAGCCCUUUCACACUUCCUCCUCCGUCGCAAUCCCCCAGCUCGCACACUCUCCCCUGCUCCAGCUCCAGUGCUCCACUCCCCGAGCAAAAAACCACCGCACGCGGCGAACCCGAACCCCCCCCCCCCCUCGGCCCCCGGCCCCGAGGCCGAGAUCCCAACGGCGAGAACUCCGCGGCCCUCCCAUCUGCCUCGCGCGGCCGCGAAUCCGGCGGUGUCUCCCCUCCCUGCGCGCCCGGACCGCGGCGGCGCGGCGUGGGGCGCCGCGCCAUGGGGUCGGUGUCGCUGAACGUGGCGUCCUCCCGGCGCGGCGGGCGGCGCGGCCUGGCGUGCCUCUGCUCGCCCGCGCUGCUCAACCUCCUCGUGCUCCUCUCCCUCCUGUCCACCAACCUCCUCGCGCUCCUCGCCUUCCUCGCCCCCCGCGCCCGCGGCCCCGUCCCCGCCGUCGCCGCCGACCGCUCCGCCUCCACCUCCUCCGCCGCCAUCUCCGCGCAGGUGGCCGCCAUCGCGCGGGAGAUCGACGCCACCCGCCUCGUCCCGCACCGCGCCGCCCUGCCCCCGGAGCUGCUCCUCUUCCUCUCCCCGCACGCGCUCCCGCUGGGCCGCGACGCGCGCACGGGGCUCACCCACAUGCCGGCCUCCGUCGCGCACGCCUGCUUCCGCUCCCCGCCCACGCUCGCCCUGCUCGCCGCCUUCGCCUCCUACGAGCCGCGCGCCGCGUGCCCGCGCAACGCCACCCUCCCGCACCGCCUCCUCUCCAAGGGCUGCGAGCCGCUGCCCCGCCGCCGGUGCCUCUCCCGGGGCCCCCGCGCGCCGCUCCCGUCCUCCAACAUGGGCGUCGACAGCCGCCGAUGGGUGAAGCCGCGCCACGACCACGAGUUCCUCAUCGACGACGUCCUGCGGCUUGCCGGCACCGCCUCCGCCAAGAUCCGGAUCGGCUUCGACGUCGCCGGCGGCGCCGCCAACUUCGCCGCCCGGAUGAGGGAGCGCGGGGUGACCGUGGUCACCACGGUGCUCGACAACGCCGGGAAGCCCAUGAACGAGUUCGUGGCCGCGAGGGGCCUGUUCCCGCUGCUGCUCUCGCCGGCGCACCGCUUCCCCUUCUACGACGGGGUGUUCGACCUCGUGCACGUCGGGACCACCGCGCUGGACGAAGGCGGGGCGCCGGCGCUGGGGCAGGCGGGGACGGAGGAGGCGCUGGAAUUCUUCAUGUUCGAUGUCGACAGGGUGCUUCGCGCCAGCGGGCUGCUCUGGAUUGACAGCUACAUGUGCCACAGCGAGGAGCGGAAGCAGGUGGUUGUGAGGCUAAUUCGAAGGUUUGGCUACAAGAAGCUCAAGUGGGUUGCAGGAGAGAAGGCCGGCACGGGGAGCUCAAAGACGGCAAUGUACAUCUCUGCGGUUUUGCAGAAGCCGGGCCGGGGUUGAAAUCAAAUGGAUGGUUUUGUUUUCUUCUUGAUCAGAUCUCAGAGGAAGAUGCAACAGCUUGCAGCAGGUCUGGCCAUCCAUUGCUGGAUUUGCUGCCAUGAUCAGGAGCAGGAGGAUCCUAUGUCCAUUAUCCAGCAAAAUACAUGGAGCUCAAAUCAUGAAGUCAGGGCAGGGAAGACGAAAGAAUACUCAGUUCUAUGUAAAUAUGUAAUAGCUUAGUUUGAUAUGCUUUUUGGGGCUUGUAAUCUCUAAAUUCUUGGCAGCUGUGUCUGUGUGCCAUCAAAACAGAAUGUACUACACUACUACAUGCUGUAAAUAUGUAACAUGUUUGUCCUACUGGCUACUGCAACAUACAUACCUUCAUGUCUUGAUUUUCCUAGUA